AGUUUUCAGCGUGCGGGCAGCUGUAGUCACCGGGGCUGGGGCACAGGAGGCGUGCGCUGUGCUUCCGUGAGCUGCAGCGAACCCUCGCCCCGCUGCCAGGGGUUGGUGGCUCCAACGGGCUCCCCGGGAUACCGCUGAGUCCAACGGAGGCCCCUGCCUGCGCUCUGGCUCUGGCCGCGGCUGAGCGGGCCCAGCUUGUGCUGGGGGGUAUUCGCCCCGCGGCUCAUCGCAGCGUCUCUGAGCGGCCCUGGGUGCACGUCCCGGCGGGCAGCGAUUGUCUCCCAGGUCUGCGGAGAGAGGAUGUGCACGUUGUGCUAUUGCCAUGGGCCCAAGCACUCAGCCCUCACUAGUCAGGUCCAGAUACUGUGAGACUGGCUUGGCAGCGUGAGGUCGGAAACGUGCAGAGCUGCUGGAGUUAGGAAGUUACAGCUGUGAUGGUUUUGCCUUUUGGUGUCCAGGCUUCACAUUUUCCAGCUAGUCUCUAUAAUCGUGCUGGCUAGAAGCUUUUUUUAAAAGUGAAAGCUGAAUCCCUUGCCUAAUUACACCCCUUCAGCAGUGGGGGCUUUAAGAAAUACACCAAAGAGUGUGAAACUUGUGAUAAAAAUCACAAGAGUUGGCAACAAAGGUCUCUCACAAGGAUCCUUUCUGCCUCCUCCAAACGCAUAAGAACAGUCAUAAUGGGUCAAACCACUGGUCCGUCUAGCGCCAGUACACUGUCUUGACAGUGGCCAAUGCCAGGUGCUUUGGAGGGAAUGAACAGAACAGGUAAUUUCCUGAUCUGAUUUGGAUGAAAGUGGCAGAACAGCUCUUAGUUCAUAGGAAGUUCACAUCGCUGCUCCCCAUUUUUAUAGCAUAUAUUUAUGAUAAACCUUAAACAGCCUCAGCCAUUGGGCAGGCUUGACACCUCUUAAGACUUUUACUAUAAACUUUGUCACACAAACUUCACUUCCCACUAGAUCUCUCCUGAGGAGUGUUCCCAGUAUAUGCAUUCUCCUCAUCAUGGCUUUCUUCCGUCCCACUAGUUUCUUGGGUUUGCAGACUUUGGGGAAAUACCACAUGUUUUGGCCUAUUCCAAGGCGCCAACAGCUGUUUGCUGUCAUCUUCCAUCUUCCGAACAGGGAACAUGUUAAAUGUUUCCCUUUUACUACCACUUCUCUAUCUGCAAUACCAAUGGAUCCCAAAGCAACUCAUAUGCUGUCUACUAAGACCAGAUCUGAAGGUAGAAAUGGAGAGGAAAGGGAGGGCAGAGACAGAACAGACACCUCUUCUCCUCAUCCUUUUUCCCUGUUCUCUGCUGGAGCUGCCAAGAGGAGAUCAAAGAACCAAGAGGAACUGCUCAUGAUAUCUAAAAAGAAUGGUAUCCGGCCACCAGAAAAACCUUUGAGUGUGGCGGAAUGGGAAGAGCUGAGGGGAGAAUUUAAGGGAAUUAGCAAGUUUGAAGAUGUAAUGCUAGAGCAAAUGAUCAAAUGCAACAGCUCCAUAGAUGUGGCCAAGUCCUUACUGUCUGUGGUGGCAAUGAGAAAAGGUGACAUCAGUUAUAAUUUAUUGGUCAAGUACCUGGCUCUGUGCGUCCGGCAGGAACAGAUGGCAGAAGUUUAUGAUGUCUAUGAUAUAAUGAAAGUCAGAUUUAAGACUUUAGAAACUGGGGCUUACAGCCUUCUGAUCAAGGGGCUGAAUGGUUCCGAUCGGUGGAGAGAGGCCUUGUCGCUACUGGAAGAGAUAAAAAAAGUCAUGACCCCAUCAAAAGGGAACUAUGGAGAUUGUAUCAAAGGAGCCCUCAAUAACCAAGAAAUAAACCUGGCAUGUGAACUGUAUCAUGAAAUGCUGGCUAAGGAUUUGAUACCAAACUUGGAUACGCUUCAAGUCUUUUUUGAUACUGGCAAACGUGUGAAGGAUGAUCAGUUAAAAAGUGAACUCUUAGGAAUUCUCUUGUAUCUGAGAGAAAAUCAGCUAUAUCCUGGAGAAGCUCUUAUGCAAAGCAUAAAGCUAUGGUUUGAAAGUAUUCCAGGAGAGAAAUGGGAAGGACGCUUAACUACCAUUAAAAAUAGUGGAAAAUGUCCAGUUUGUAACCAAAACCUGGAAUCUAUUAAUCUGAGCCAAGAAGAGUACAAUGCACUCAAGGAAAAAAUAAUAAAAGAUGUGAUCCAGGGAACUGAUACAUUCAGGAAGACAUCUCCUCAGGAACUUGAAGAAUUUCAAAACUUUGUAGAAAAUCAUCCUCCGUAUGAUAUUGUGAUAGAUGGACUCAAUGUUGCCAAUGUUUCUAACAAAAGGAACCAGUCUCAAACUCUCCUUGAUGUUGUCUUCCACCUGGCACAGCAGAAUCUGCGGUUGCUUGUGCUGGGCCGCAAACACAUGUUGACUGGAUCUCAUAGCUGGAAAAGGCACAUUGUGGCUGCUAUGCAGAAAAAAGCAGACUUCUUCUUUGCUGAAAAUGUGUCAGAAGAUGACCCCUUCCUAUUAUAUGCCACUCUUCACUCAGGCAGUCAUUGUAAGUUUCUUACUAGAGACCUCCUGCGAGAUCACAAGGCUUGUCUUCCCGAGAAUCUUACUCAACAUCUGUUCUUUAAGUGGCAGCGUGGACACCAAAUGGUGCUUUCUGACUACUGGCCAGGAAAGAGAAUAAAAUUUCAGCCUAUUCUCACUUAUGACACAGUGGUACAGACUACUGGUGACACUUGGCAUAUUCCCUAUGAUGAACAGCUGGUGGAAAGAUAUUCCUAUGAAGUGCCAACAAAAUGGCUUUGCCUUCAACGGAAAUAAUAAAGAAUGCAGUUUUACAAACUAAAACUGCAAUUGUUUGCCACUGUCGCUAACAGGCAGAAUCCAGUGAUCAUGCACAGUCAUGGGAUUAAUACACCAAAUAUGAAUCCUGCAGCUGACUAAAUGUUCAGUAAACAUAGUUCACCAAAUUCAUACCUACUGUAACUCCAUCAAAGUCAGUGGUGUUACAGCAGGGAUGAAUUUGACCCAUUACUUGCAUCUUUGCUGAUCAGAGUUCAUUUUGCGCUGUAGUAAAUAAGAGAUUUGUUAUAGCACCAUUUAUUAAGGUGAUGAAGGGGUUAAGCACUAGUAUGGUCCAUAGAUCCUCCUAAUAAAUAUUAGCUUCUAAAUUUCCAAAGAUGUAAAAUCUUGAACUUCUUUGUUAGUUAAAAUAAUAGUUUGUUUUUUAAAUAAAAAUUGAUCAUAUUAGGGCAAUAAUAUGGCACAGUUGAAUUUUGUAUAGCCUCUUUCAUAGAAACUUGAGUUAAUAAGAAGACUGUAAAAGUGAUAUAAGUUACAGAAAAAGUGUUGUAAACUAUUA